AUGAGUGAUAUUGUUUGUCCGAGUAAAGAAGCGUACGACAGUGUCUUGCGUGAGAGUUAUAAGCUCUGGUCAUCAUAUCUCGAUGCAGACGAUUCCGAACCCCUUCCAUUUCAUUGCAUCGAGCUCAAAAACAUUCUUUCGCAAACACCAAGCUUCCUCGCGCACGGCAUACGCCCCGCUAACAAAUGCCUUUCCUUUGAGUGUGUUGAGAAAGGCACACCACCAGGACCAUAUGCUCUUUUCGUGAAAGGCAAGUCAAAGUGGGAGACAUCGACGGGAGUUUGCGAUUUGGAGCCAAAGAUCACACCUCACCAACUCCUGCUGGCAACUCAAACCCCUCUAAAAGUCGAAUUUGCCGAUCACACUCCUUUCACGGAAUGGCCGAACGUCCAGGGCCUAUAUGGCCACGACGAAGGCAAUUAUCUCACGGUUUUGCUGCUGGCAUGGGCCUAUAUACUGUCUGUUCGGUGGGCUGAGCUCCUGGAUCGCUCUCCAGAUCGUCGUUGUACGGUCGAGUAUCGAAUGCACGGGAUGGUUGAAAAAUCGCAUGGGAAAUACGAUGUGGAGGUCCCGAUCGGUGAUGAUAUUGAAGAAGGUGAAGCUCGUUGGUGGCAGGCUAUUUUGCUUGGCGAUAAGGGCUGGAAGAUAACUACAGAUUAUAAGGACAAGACCUAUAUAUCACCAUGGUCUGUAUCGAUCCUAAAUGGAACUCUCAGCCACGCAAGACCAAUUUUGUUUAAUAAUAAUUAUGCACCACCCUCAUCGGAAACUGCUCUCAAAUACCUGGCGAGGUUCUGUGCGUAUCACCGACUGUAUGGCCAGUGUUCGGCUGCUCUGGCUGCGACACUCUACAUUCCCUUACUCGGUGGUAGGUUAGCUACGCUACCAGUACCGAAGCCAGCCACCAUAUCUACCACGCAGAUUCAACAUCCAGCGACUUUUGUCCCUCCCCGUACCGGACCUUCACAUAUGGAACUCGUCGCUGAAUAUGGCAGGUUGCUUACUGGCUACAUGACAUUGAGCUCUGACGUCUGGGGUAUGCGAUCUUUGUUGUGCAGCACUUUUUUCAAUGCCGAUAUUGAAUGCAAUUUGGUCAGUGCCUGGCUCAAUCCCGCAUUCGCCGUGAUUGAUCCGAUUUUAAGAAAUGGAGACAUGCAUAAGCUUGCCGCCCUUCUUGGCAGGCGACAGCCCCGGUUAGCAACGCUUUGGCUUGGUGCAAUUAUUAUGGGGAUAGUGAAGUCUGAGUUGCAAGAUGUUAAAAACGGACUGACAGCCCUCGAUCUCCACGCAGCUGCGUGGACUGGAACUAGACAGUCAUUCAUAACCUCGAACCCUGGGGCGAGUGAUGGACAGAUGAUCCGCCGUGAGGAUGAAUGCCGACUGCUAUUCAUCGCUUCUAGCAAUGAACAUGCUCGCGCUCCCACGACCCCGUGGAAACCCUUUGGCAAAUCUCGCCUCUGCGAAACCGAGCUGGAAGUCCAGAAACAUGCACUAUGCAAUUGCCAUUGUUUCAGGUACAAAGCUUGGUACUGGUGUCUCACCAACGGCGAAGAGCUACAAGAUCUCGGACUUGGCCAGGCUAUGUCAGAUGAAACGCAAUUAAAUAUCGAGAAUGCUUGUGGAUCUCCAACUAUACAGUAUUGUUAUUCCUCUUCACAAUCCUUAUCCGAAGGAGCAACUCGUGGAAUAUUCGAAUGGUUAAGGAUGACGGGGUAUCCGGCACGUGAGAAGACACUAUAUCAACAUCCCUGGAUUGACAUUGAAAGCUCUGAUGAGGAGGAUCUUGACAGCACUGCAUCCGACCGUGAACAAUUUGCAGAUUCCAGCACGAAAUCUAUCCAAAACUGGAUUGAGGCCAUUGACACUGCACCUGAAUGA